GUCCCACUGACCUUCUGCAACUUCAGAAAAAUCCUUGUUGUAUCUAUCUUGUAUCAUACAUACCCUCACCGACCACUUCACUCACUCCUCACUCACAUUCUUUACAUCCCGCUCACUCACAUUCCUUACAUCCUGACCAACCCACCUUACUACAACAAUGUCCCGACGACCCCACCCUCCUUCCCCUUCCUCCCCACCCCUCUUCGUCCUCCUCAGCGCCCUAUCCCUCCUCAUCCUCCAGCAGGCAUGGGGAGCGGAAGCAGCGUUCACGAUGCCCGUGUUCUCGGGGAACGACACGGUCGAUCUUAACGCUGCUGGGACGUGGUGUUAUUAUCCCGGUUCCUUCUCCUCCUCUAGCUCCUCUUCGUCCUCCUCUUCCACCACCACCACUAUCACCAGUAAUACCUCAGAUGGAAACCCAAACCCAAACUCAAACGCAAACGCACAGGUAGAUGCCGAGCUUCCACCAGACGUCGACUCCACCUGCCCACCCGGCACCCCCAAAGCCGACCUCCUCGCCGUCCUACAGAGGCAUUUGAACCAACCACCCGACGACUCGCUUAGUAUCGCGUAUUAUAGUGCCUCGUUGGAGAGGUUGGGUGGGGCUGGGUAUCCUUUGGGAUGGGCUAUUGGCUCAAACUCAAAUUCAAAUUCCGGCUCAGGCUCACCCGACCCCGACUCCCCCACAGACGACCUAUCCUCCAUCGUAGGCCGCAAAGUUUACUUAUGCCUCAGCGGACAGAGGGAGGACGGAACGUAUAAGACUAUUUGUGAAGUUGCUCGUGGGGAUAACCAGUUCGGUUUAUUGGAUGAACGUGGAUUUGAAAGGGAGAGGGAGAGAGAAGGAGAAGGAGGAGAGCAAAAGGCGGUUUGUGCCCUGGCGGUAGGACAGAGGCAUGUUUCGGAUGGGUGUUAUGUCCCUGUUGGGAUGAGUGUGGAGGAUGACGAGUCGGGUGCGCGUGGGGUUACUGCUGGCAGAGGUAUGUCCUAUGCUCUGUGA